AUGUCUGCUCCCAUAUCACAGUCCCUCUUUCUCAGACUGCCUCCGGAAUUGAGGCUUGACAUUUACAGACAGCUUCUGAUACACAAUCCGCACUGUGCCCCUGCGAACUCUAAGCCUACCUUCCUUCCCACCUCGAUAGACUACCACGGCGGUCAUCAUACAGCGAUAGAACACCCAGAGCCCGACGCUGUCGCUCUUUGCAUACGUGCUGAGGAUCCGGCCCACUACAAGUUGCGCGCGGCCAAACAUGUGCGUAGUGCCUUCAUAGUCCGCUCAGGCGGGUUGCGCCCUGGGUGUGUUCCGACGACAUACUUCUGUGUGAGCAAUACAGGCAUCCACACAGCCAUACUACGAGCGAACGCGCAAAUCCACGCCGAAGCGUGCCAAGUGUUGUACUCGAACCAUGUCUUCGACUUUGACAUGCACAUAGAAGCCCUUGUGGCCUUUCUCGCCGACUUGACACCAUUCGCAUGCAGCUGCAUACGAUCACUACGUCUGGUCAAGCGUGCACUGCCCUAUGAGAAAGAGUACUCGAAAGCAGAAUGGGCCACUGCCAUGGAGUGGCUCGGAAGACUUCGCAGUCUGAAGUCGUUGACGCUUGGCAUCGUUGCUGGAAGACCGGGUCAGGAUGGAUGGGAGACUGUUCCCGCCUUGAGAUCGGCGGACUUCGAUGUCCUCAAGGGUACCGAGGGCAUGGAGUGGAUAGAAGAGCUCCUUGCGAUCAAUGGCCUGGACAACAUUGAAGUCGAAGCAAUCGUCGUGCACUGCCCGUUUCCCAGAAGCGCAGCAAUGGCACGUUAUAUCCAGUUUUCCGCCAGUGUUGAUGAUGGAUCGUUUGCGGUAUGGUUGAAGGACAACAUGGCAUAG